GCGCAAGGGAGUGCCGUCUGGGGGGCGUCCUUGUAAGAAGAAGGGGGAGGCCUUCUCAGAAGGCAAGGGCAGUACUGGAAAGUCUCGGAGGCUUCAAAGAGAAGCUUUCAAGAAGGCUUGUUAGAGUCUCCGUAGCCAUGUUUGGCGCAAGCGUUACGGCUCAAGGGUAGUGACCAGGUUGCACCCAACGCACCCGCUCUGUCACGAAUCGUCGCCACGUUCAUCAUCUCCUCUGAUAUACGUCUGUUCUUACAUUUGAAGAGCGAUCUUACGACCGUUCCGACGACAUCGGUGCGCAAUUCGGAUCCCCAAGGCUACAUGGUUGGAGUUUUUGCAGCCGUGUGCAUCACUUGCGAUCUGCUCCUCUCGUGCCUGUCACGGCUCUCUGGGACGCAGCUGCAGCAGCUGGGCAGCAUGGUGGCGCUCUCGGCCACGAUGUUCUUCAUAGGGCUUGCGAGCCAGACGUACGAGCAGGUACCGGCCGGGCCUGCCGGCGCUCCUCCGGCAAGACCGCUCGAGCAGGGCAGCAGCGCCGAUGGCGAGUGCGCGGGCAGGGCCAGGCAGCAGGCCGCAGGGGGCAGCGCUCCCGCCGCGGCGGCGGCCCUUGCGGCGCGGCCCCGAGCCGAGCGCGGGGCCCGCCCAGCGGCCUGGGCCGAGGAGCCCCAGCCCGAGCCGCCCGAGAGGCCGCCGAACGUCCCGCGGUUUGUCUCUCGUGGCCUCGCUGACGCGCGGGUCGCCGCAGAGGGCGACGACGUCACGCAGGGCCCGACGCUGAGCUCGGCCAUGCGCCCGCACACAGCAGCCGACGCCGCAGGCUCCCCGAGGGAGGGCGGGAAGGCGUGCCACUCCUCGACGGCCUCCACGAUCGGCCAGACAGACGCGGCCGGCGACGCGGAGGAGGCGUCCGCAGAUGGGGAGCUGGGACACCUGUCAAUUGCCACCGAGCGCACGCCCCUGAGCAGAGGGGCGUCGACGUUCGUUCCGAAAACCUUUGAGAAUCCGUUGCGGGUGCUGCCCGACGCGUCGGCGGGGUGCAGUCAGGACCCCUACGCUCCGGGCCAGUACGAUCAGUUCCCGCAGACCGCAGCGCAGCAGAUGGACCCCUACGCUCUGGGCCAGUACGAUCAGUUCCCGCAGACCGCAGCGCAGCAGAUGGACCCCUCCGCUCUGGGCCAGUACGAUCAGUUCCCGCAGACCGCAGCGCAGCAGAUGGACCCCUACGCUCUGGGCCGGUACGAUCAGUUCCCGCAGACCGCAGCGCAGCAGAUGGACCCCUCCGCUCUGGGCCAGUACGAUCAGUUCCCGCAGACCGCAGCGCAGCAGGUGGACCCCUACGCUCUGGGCCAGUACGAUCAGUUCCCGCAGACCGCAGCGCAGCAGGUGGACCCCUACGCUCUGGGCCAGUACGGUCAGUUCCCGCAAAUCGAAGCGCAGCAGAUGGGAGGCCCGCACGACGAGUGUACCACGGUGAUGCUGCGCAACAUACCAUGCCCCUUCCUCCGCGAAGAUCUAAUCAAUGCGAUGGACGCGAAGGGCUUUGCGGGCCUGUAUGAUUUCGUCUAUAUGCCAAUCGAUUUCCGGACCUCGAUGGGCAUGGGCUAUGCGUUUGUCAAUUUCGUUACCGCCGCGGAGAUGCAGCGCUUCACGUUCGCCUUUCAGGGAUUCAAGGAUUGGCAUGUCAAGUCGUCGAAGGUCUGUGCCGUUGUCCUGUCUCGGACGCAGGGCCUAUUCGCGAACAUCGCUCGGUAUCGGAACAGCUCUGUCAUGGGCGACGGGGUUCCUGAGCGGUUCAAGCCAGUGCUCUUCAACGGGACAGAGCGGGUCCCCUUUCCAGAGCCCUCGGCAGAGGUGUCAAAUUUUGUGCGUGAUAUUGACUUCCCGCAGAUGACAAUGCAGCCAAAGGAACCUCAGCGCGACGAGCGCACAACUGUGAUGCUGCGCAACCUGCCAAGCUCCCUCCUGCGCGAAGAUUUGAUCAAGUUGCUGGACGCGGAAGGCUUUGCAGGGAUGUAUAACUUCGUCUACAUGCCCAUACACACUUUGACCGAGGUAUGCAUGGGAUACGCGUUUCUCAACAUGGUUAGCACUGCGGAGGUGCAGCGCCUCACGAUUGCGUUUGAGGGAUUCGAUAAUUGGCCUGUCCCGUCUUCGAAAGUCUGCAGCGUCAGUUUAUCUUCUCGGAUACAAGGCCUGGGCGCAAACAUCGCUCGGUAUCGAAACAGCCCUGUCAUGAGCGUCGGGGUUCCUGAGCGGUUCAGGCCAGUGCUCUUCGACGGGACAGAGCGGGUCCCCUUCCCAGAUCCCACGAAGAAAUGUAGGUUUGACAUGCGUGUUGAGCGUAUGUAUGCCCCCCCUCGGAUCGACAAUGGGCAUCUAUUUCAUUCGCACCGAUGAUGGAGUGAUUAUCUGCCCCGAGGGCGUCUCUCGUUUUUAUUUGCUGGAGUCACGCUGACCAGCGACCCAGGUCACACCGCACAGAACUCCCACGACGACGACAACAGCGACGACGACGACGAGUCGGCUGCAUGUUUUUUCCCCUCGCGCUGCUUGGCGCUCGAGCUCCUGCGCGCCCUCGUUAGAGUUAAAUCGGCUCCGCGGAUGUCUGACGUGUUUUUUGCUGAUUCGUUGUGCCGAUGCGUUGUGUUCUCUCCCCCGAUCGGGAGGACGGAUCCAGUCCGGCGCGGCGAGGGCAUGCGGCAGCGCGUGCGCGGUGUGAAUGGUGGAUGGGUUUGCGUUCCUCGGCGGACGACCAGGAGAGGGUGGUGGUGCUGUGGGCGGGCAUCCCGGGAGAGGGGGCAGAGGCCAGCGAGCGCCAGCGAGGCGCUGCCGGCAGACCGCCCGCGGGGCGGUGCGAGCUGCUCACGGCCUGGCCGCAGCACGCGCGGCCCGCUCCGCGCGCGCGGUCCAGGCUGUGGAAGCGUGGGCGAUCCCCCCGCAGGCUGACCUCGGAUAGCGCCAGGGUAGCCACUCGAGUCGCCUCCGAGCCAGGCCAUGCCCGGCCGCCCGCGCGCGGCGCGCGUGCGCACGCCGGUCCGCGCGAGGAGGGGCGGGAGCGCGCCUCUCCAGGCGGGGCCGCUGGGAUGCGUACGUUCGGCUCGGGCCAAUCCUCGGCAGCUGGGCUUCUUCCAGUGUCCACGACGCCGCGUUCGCCGAGAGAUCCAUUCAGGCCCAGUGCUUUCCUUCUUGCCCGAAGUUUCAAUGUCAUAAUGCUUCAAGAUUUUGAAUGCCGCCGAGUUGUCCGGUGAUAUUUCCUGGACUAGGAGCCGCCUCACUAUCUGCCUUGACCAUGAUGGAUACCCCCCAGAUUCCGAAGACCGCGUGCGAUUGCACGCGCCAAGCUGCUCCAGCUCCGCUGUCGCCUGCUUAAUUGAACUAUCCCGUUCGCGCAGCCGCCGUCGGCAUGCGCCACCAGCGCUUGUUAGGUAAUACGCGACAAGUUUUAUAGUGCAUGCUUUUGUUUGCUGGCCACCUUGAGCUACAUAAUGACGUAUUUGACAUCGCCAAAGACGGCAUAAACAGAAGCGCUUCUCGGAAGCUGGGUGAACCUCCGGGAGGCCGCCUGCCUUCUCAGAAGACCCCCCCCCGUGUGAGAGAAGGCCGCCCUCUCUCCUCCGCGC